GAGCCCCUGUCCCGCUUCUUUGUCCUUAACUCAAACUGUCCAAACCAGUUGUCUAAUUCAACCGAAAUUCAGUCCAAAUCUUUCCUAAAUUUAAACUCAAAUUCUCCUCUGCCCUCCUCAUUAUCAAUCCUAUUAUUUCAUUUCUUUACCAUAUCACAACACAAAGCCGCCCUAUAUUUUCUCCACCAUAACACACACGUUUUUCACAUCAUUCGUGUAUGGAAUGACACACUAUAACCCUUCCAAUACCUCAAUGAAUCUCUGGUCUGCUGCGACGGCUGAUGAUGCCUUCAUGGCCUCCGAUCUCAAUUCUUUCUGGCCUCCGCAGACUAAUAUACCUCAGCUACCUUUGAAUCAGGAAAGUUUACAGCAUCGCUUGCAAUCCCUGAUCGAAGGAGCCAAGGAGAGCUGGACUUACGCCAUUUUUUGGCAAUCGUCUGUGGUGGAUUAUUCGUCGCAGUCUUUACUUGGCUGGGGCGAUGGAUAUUAUAAGGGCGAGGAGAAGGAGAAGCAGUUAAUGAGGACGAAAUCUACUUCUGUUUCGGAGAUGGAUCAUAGGAAGAAAGUUCUCAGGGAGCUCAAUUCGAUGAUUUCGGGGUCUCAGGGCUCGCCUGAUGAGGCGGUUGACGAGGAAGUUACUGACACGGAGUGGUUUUUCCUCGUGUCGAUGACUCAGUCGUUUGUUAAUAACGCUGGCCUUCCUGGCCAGGCGUUUUUUCAUUCAGCUCCGGUUUGGGUGACUGGAGCUGAACGUCUGGCCGGCUCGCACUGUGAGCGAGCGCGUCAGGGCCAGACGUUCGGGUUACAAACUAUCGUUUGUAUCCCGUGUAGUAACGGUGUGGUGGAGCUUGGCUCCACUGAAGUUAUUUUUCAGAGCUCGGAUCUUAUGAAUAAGGUCCGGGUUUUGUUUAAUGAAUUCGCGAACCCUUGGCCUUUACAAUCGGAAAAUAAUGAAUCCGAUCCGUCCACGCUUUGGCUCACUGAUCCGCCUCCAGUUCCGAACAAUGAAAUUAGUAAGGAUGUUCCGUUCAAGCUACCGACGCAGAAUGUUUUUGAGAAUAAUCACAGUUCCAGUACGCUCACAGAAAAUCCUGAUUCCAGCGGUGUUAUUAAUGGCCAUAAUCCCGGGGGUUCGACGAGGGAACUGAAUUUCCCGGGAUUAGGCUUUGAAGGAGUCAGCAGUAGUAAUGUCAGGAAUGGGAAUUCCAAUUCCGUUUCUUGUAAGACUGAAUUCGGAGAGAUACUUAAUUUUGAAGAAGGCAAGAGGAGUUCUUGUAGUGCUGGAAAUGGUAAUUUGUUCGGAAUUGUGGAGGAUAACAAGAAGAAAAAAUCAGUGACUUCCAGGAGCAGUCAAGAAGUGGGAAUGAUGUCUUUUGCUUCAAGCGCGAUUUUGCCCUCUUCUGGUGUGGGAAAAUCAAGCUGUGGCGCUGAUUCAGAGCAUUCGGAUCUGGAAGCUUCUGUUGUAAAAGAAGCGGAGAGUAUCCGAGUAGUGGAGCCAGAAAAGAAGCCGCGGAAACGUGGGAGGAAGCCAGCUAAUGGCAGGGAAGAGCCCCUGAAUCAUGUUGAAGCAGAAAGACAGAGAAGGGAGAAACUUAACCAGAAAUUCUACGCCCUACGAGCUGUGGUGCCAAAUGUGUCGAAAAUGGACAAGGCCUCACUACUAGGAGACGCUAUUUCUUACAUAAAUGAGUUGAAAUCAAAACUGCAGACGUCUGAUACGGAGAAAGAUGAGAUGAGAAGUCAGCUGGAGGCACUCAAAUUGGAGUUAAGUAGUAAAGAAUUGUCCACUGGUCAGGAUCUCCGAUCAUCAUCAAACAAGUUAAUUGAUAUUGAUAUUGAUGUGAAGAUCAUCGGUUGGGACGCGAUGAUUAGAAUUCAAUCCAGUAAAAAGAACCAUCCUGCAGCUAAAUUGAUGGCUGCGUUAAAAGAACUGGAUCUUGAUGUUCACCAUGCAAGCGUUUCAGUUGUUAAUGAUUUGAUGAUUCAACAGGCUACGGUGAAAAUGGCGAGUCGGUUUUUCACUCAAGAUCAGCUUAGAGCAUCAUUGAUGGCCAGAAUUGCAGAAACAAGAGUAUGAACAUUGUGGAAUUAUGUGCUUUGUUCUUUGUUUUGAGGCUCUGGGAAGUUUUAAGUCUCCGAGAAGCUAUAUCAUCUACGAUCGUGUAAAAUAAUUCUUGUUUACCACAUGUUCUUCAUCUUUACAAUCAUGAACCUCUGUUUUAGUAUAAUCUGAAUAAAUUCAGAUCAGCUUAGGUGAAAUCCUAAUCAAACAAUGCGGAGUUUCCUCCUGUGAUGCUUGCUGAA